UGGCAACUCAUCCGUCAUCCGUCCGUCAUCAUCAUCUCUCCUCCUUCAUCUUCAAUCACUCAUAGCUAGCGUCGUCUUAGCCACCUGACCGAUCCCAGCUCAGUCAUAUCGCCAUACCCAUGCGAUAGCUUACCCGUCUCAAGCGAAACCGCACAUCAACAACAAACAUACACCAACUGCAAGGAGGGCGAAUCGGAUUGAGAUGUCUGUCGAAACACCAAGAUCGGUGCUACAAUAUGUAGGAGGAUGGAAGUUGGGAUCUACUUUGGGUCGGGGAGGGUUUGGGCACGUUCGUAAAGCGAAGCAUUUGGGUACGAACCGAGUCACCGCCUGCAAGAUCUUACCUGCUGUGGAUCCAUCAUCUCCGUUGACAAAGGACAUGAUUAUGGAUGCGAUGGAGGCUCAGAAGGAAGAGAUCCUGUUGAAGCUCAUGGCCGGAUUGAAUAUCGAGGGGGUGGUGGGAAUCGAUAUGGUUAGGCACGAGAAGCAGUGGAAAUACCUCUUUCUCCCCAUGCUCCCCCAAUCUGCAAGCAGCAUCCGUGCCCCCGUUCCGGCCGAACGCAUCAUCCCCUUCUUCCGACAGCUUCUCCGUUCCCUUCACUCUCUUCAUUCCAUCGGCGUCUGGCAUGAAGAUCUCAAACCUGCCAACAUCUUGAUGACCGAGACGGGCAUGCCUGUCCUGGCUGACUUUGGGUUGACGACGUUUUCGCCCAGGUUGAAGAGGGCGUGUUCGGGAGGGGGGACGUUGGAUUACAUGUCACCAGAGAAGAUCGAGAACCGACCCUACGAUGGUGCCGCCUCGGACGUCUACGCUUGCGGUAUUCUCCUCUACAAAUGGCUCACAAACCACCACCCGUUCAUCCGGGAUCGAACCGAUGAUACAGACGAGGUGAUCGAGAAUAGGAUUCUCAAAGGGGAGAUCGAGUUCAGGAUGACGAGAGAGCCGGGCUCGGCAGGAGAGUUGAUCUGGAAGAUGUUGCGUGGAGAUCCGCUUCGAAGAUAUACCAUCCCCAAAGUUCUCGCCCAUCCUUUCCUCAACCCACCGAACCUUCGACCCGAGACCCCUUGGAAACGCCCCGUCCUUGAUCACACCCCCAUCCCGGAACCUUCCCCCAAGAUCGUCUUCGAGGUCACCUUUCUCGCCUACAUUUCCAACUUGUGGUACCCUUGUCAGACUGACCAGUGCAUCCGGGAAAACUUGGCGAGCCCGUUCCCGGCGUGGGAAAAGACGAUGUACCAUGCGAUCAGCGCUUGGAAGGCCAAGGAUCCUGAUGCUGACAAGGAUAUGACCUCCAAACCGAUGAUGAAGGCCUUGUUGCGCGUCAUGAGCGAGGCUAGCAUCUCUGACAACCAGCCGCAGAACACCGGUCAGCCAGGAGCUCCUGCUGGCAGGAUCGUCUCUCCCGAAAAGAAGGCUACCGCCCCGCUCAACGUCAGACCCGCCUCUCCUCAGAAGAAACUCGACUUCCCGCUCAUCCCCCAGAACGCACGCGCGAACAAGAUCAAGCCUGAGACGAACAAGGAAAAUGCUGUUAUUGCUCUCCCCGUCGCCACCCUGGGUUUGACAGAGAAACCCGUCGGCACGGCGGUGCAGAUGGGAGUGGUGCAGGGCAAGCAGAAGGUGAUGCAGGAUAAGACUGGCAACGAGGUCAACAAGCAGAACGAUAGGGUGGUUGCGGCGAUGGCAAGAGUGAAACAGGUCCAAGCCGAGAUGGCCAAGAAGGAGGAAUCCGAGGUGAUCGACUUGUUGUCGGAUACGGACGAUCAGGAAGUGGACCCCAGCCCACCCGUCAAGGCCGUCGAGCUGAAUGUCAAGACCAAGACCAAGGUGACCAAGACGAAACCUGUUCAAGCGAGGGGAAAGAAGGCACCGAAGAUCAAGUUGAACGAUGACGAGUUGCAGGAUCCGGAUGAAGAAGAGAACCAGGACACGAUCUACCUCCCGGCACCGUUGCCGAAACAACGACACGCUCCGCGAAGGUCACCGAGGUUACAGGGGAUCGCUCCGGAAAACAUUGGCUUGGAUUUCGAACCGAGAGCGCGACGAACCCGGAUGGUCGUCUAGUUCGCUCCUCUGUGGCGAGAUUCGACGUGUACGACCAGUUCCCAUCACCUUUACUUUCCGACUGCCUAUUAAUGCGUGUCCCAGCCUUUCUCCUGGAUGUCGGGAUCGUUGUACACUUUGUGUAGAUUCUAGUGUAGCGAAUAAGAAUACGACGAUGAUGUCUCCAA